AUGGAGUUCCCGGCGCUCCAUCUUCAGAAUGAAUGGCGACAAGUUCCGGAAGUUCGUAAAGGCUCCACCUCGAAACUACUCUAUGAUUGUUAUGUUCACUGCUCUCCAGCCUCAGCGGCAAUGCUCUGUUUGCAGCUCAACAUGAACUCGGCUCCCACAUUCAUGCAUUUUCCUUCAAAAGGCAGACCCAAGAGAGCUGAUACUUUUGACCUUCAACGAAUUGGAUUUGCAGCUGAACAGCUAGCAAAAUGGAUUGCAGACAGAACAGAUGUUCAUAUUCGCGUUUUCAGGCCACCCAACUACUCUGGCACCAUUGCUUUGGCCCUGUUAGUGUCGCUUGUUGGUGGCCUGCUCUAUCUAAGGAGGAACAACUUGGAGUUCAUCUAUAAUAAGACUGGUUGGGCCAUGGUGUCUCUGAGCUAUAUCCAUGGGAGCAGCCAGGCCCAGUUUGUGGCAGAGUCACACAUCAUUCUGGUACUGAAUGCUGCUAUCACCAUGGGGAUGGUUCUUCUAAAUGAAGCAGCAACUUCCAAAGGGGAUGUCGGGAAAAGACGGAUAAUUUGUCUCGUGGGAUUAGGCCUGGUGGUCUUCUUCUUCAGUUUUCUACUUUCAAUCUUUCGUUCAAAGUAUCACGGCUAUCCAUACAGCUUUUUAAUUAAAUGAAGCCGAGUGGGAUUUGCAUAAAGUGAGUGUUUACUCUGAAGAGAAGCGGAUCCCAACGCUAUCUUAUUUGGAACUCUUGAAUUCAUUCUUUGUUGAUUGUGAUACGCUAGCUUAUUCUUGUAAAAUUUUUUUAAACUGUGGAUUUUCCUAAAGAAUUUAAUUUAUAAAAGUGGAUAUGUAACAUUCAGUAAUCCACAAUGGAACAUCAAAGUGUUUUUUCAGUAUUCUCAGUGUAUGCCACUGGAGUGAAAUAAAUAACAGUGUAACUAUGAAUUCACGUUUUAGAACUAUGUUUGCUCCUUAGUAAAGAAACCACAUGUUAGUAAAGGAAUCCAUGGAAUGUAUGUAAAAGAAUUAUUAGUACUGUACAAGGAUAGAGCCUCUGCAUGAAAUAUGUCGUGUGGACAUUCUUACUGCUGUUCCACUUAUAAAGGACGUGCACUGUUACAAAAGUGUUUUGUUCUUCUUACCAUAACUAUACCAUGAUGCAUAUAGGGCAAAGGGCUGGAUAAUGUCAAUGCCAGUUCAGAUCCUUAUCCUCGAGAAAGGAGCUUUGGGGGACCCAAGCCUCAAACAUGCACUGUGUCACCAUGACUCAAAUGGAAUCAGGCAGUAGAACCGGAACAUCAUGACUGUCACCUACUGUUUCUCCAUCUCUUGAAGGAUUGUUCAGAAAUUCUGACUUAGGAGAUCAAACCUAAUCUUCUAUGGUCAUUUUCCUUUUGUUUAGUGAAAGCAUCUGCCUUAUGAAUGCCCUGGGGAUCCAUUAACAGUUUUCCUAGAAUGGCUCAAAUAAAUUUAAAAAAAAAAUCAAAAACAAAUAUAGGAAUAUAACCAUUGUUACCUUUGGAACUGACUUAAAUUUAUGCAGCACAUCCACAUACAUUACAGUGUUCAUUCCUCACAUCUUCUAAAUGGACAGAAAUACAAGAAAUUUUCUGUGCGUUGCAGCUGAAAACCAAAAUAUAAGUUGUGCUUAUAAUCAGAUUUUCAAACUUUAAAGCCUAUUUUUUUCACUCUGUACUACAACUGGAGAUGAAUUCAGGAGAUAUUUAUUUGAUUCAGUAAGUUUUAUCAUUUUUAAAAGCUUAUUAACUAAUUUUCACUAAGAUCUGAAUAACAGAAUUGUGGAGUGAUUUGUCCACUGGCAAUCUCAGCUGUAUAGUCACAAAUAGGAACAUGGUGUAUAGCCACUGAGUUUAUCUAUUUUGUACCUAUGAGUUUCUAAAACAGUGGGAAAUAUACAAGUUUAUUGAGCUAUAUCCUAGGAGAGUUGUGUAUGUUAUCUUUUCAAAACAUGGUAAUAUUCUCUGAAAUUACAUAGUCAGAACUAUAUUAACUUUAUUAUAUAGUCUUAAAUCUAUUAUUAAACCAUAAUUUCUUUAGUUCAGUUCACAGACAAUAAAUUCGGUAUUGAUGUCAUUUAUGAAAAAUGUCAGCAUCUAUUUGAUGCCUAUCCCUAGUUAUCAUUUGAAUUGUAAUUGUGAUUGUGUAUCCAUCUAUUAUUUCUAUAGUUUUAAAGUUAAUUGACUCAGAACUUCAGAGAAUGUAAAUAGAAUUUGUUGCCAAACUUUACAAAUAACAAAUAUUUAUUAUAAUUAAAUUUAAUUGUUGCCUAAAUCCCAAAAUUAUCUACUUAUGCAGUUAGUUAAAUGAUACUGGCAAAACAAAUCAUUGCUUGCUCUAGACCUUAUAUCCAUGAGCACAGCCAGGUCACCCUCAGCUCAUGUGAUAGAGGUGGGAGGUAGGUAUUUCCUUAUCCUAUAUUUGUAAGAGUUUUUCCAGGCAAAGUUUAGCAAUUUCCUCAAUAUGAAAAGUAAGUCAGUUAAUUACGUUUAUUUUUCAAGAGCCGACUCUAGCUUCAGGGGGAUUCAAUGCCUCUGACCUCCCUAGCACCUGCACGUGUGUGCACAUACUCAAACAUAGAUACAUAACAAAAAAUCUAUUUUGUUAAAGUUUUUUUCCCUAAUUUCCUAACUUAAAGUUACAGGUGGAACAAAAGUGAUGGUUCAGCAGUUGAGAGUGUUGACUGUUCUUCCAGACGAUCCAGGUUGGGUUCCAAGCACCCACAUCAGGUGACCUACAACCAUCUAUAAGUCCAGUUCCAGGGGUCUGACACUUUUAGCCUAUAUUCACUGUAUUGAAAAUUUUCAUUAAAAGUCAUCAUACAUUUGACAAUCUCUCACUAGAAUUUAAAAAGUUUUUAAAAUGACUUUUCUUCUAGGAGAGAAAAAUCAUGAUAGAAAAAUCCCCUUUCAAGGAGUUUCAUUUUAUGAUGGCAUUUGCUGGUCAACUUGUUGGAUUUUCCUUCAGCACAGUGCUCCUUGUAUUAUGUAUGCAAACAAAUAAACCCAAUAGUAUGUACUAGCCAUAAAUUUCUCUUACAAAUAAAAUAAUAUUUCUCAUCAGUUAUAA